AAUUCAGGCCGGCAAGAUGGUACUCCAGUUCGAAGGUGCAGUUAAUAAUAUCAGUGAGGUCCAGCUGGCUUUCAUUCGCGAAGUUCUAGAAAAAAGAGGAUAUAAAGAUACCAAAGUAACUAUUGAAGCAGUCGGUAAAGCAGGAGACAAUUACGUAGCCAAUGUUAAAAGAAUCAUUGUUAAAAACGAAAAUGGAGAAUUCAGAAUUAUUGCGAAAGUUGCGUCACAACAGGAACAUUUAAGGAUUACUGCAGGUGUACAACAAAGUUUCAGAAACGAACAUAUUAUGUAUACGUUGGUCCUUCCUAAAUAUCAACAAUUUGAAGAACAAGCAGGUUUACAUAAUGAUGACAGGCUACGGUUUGCAGAAUGUUACGGAUCAUUUACCGAGCCACCGCAUGAAGUGAUCCUUUUGGAAGACUUGCAAGUAGCAGGCUUCAGCAUGUUGGAUAGAUUCACGCCACUAUCCGAUAAAUGCAUCAGGUCAAUGCUGAGAAACCUUGCUAUUCUGCAUUCUCUUUCCUUCGCACUUAAAUAUAAAGAACCAGAAACAUACAAUGAAUGUAAAAACAACCUUAUAGACACUUUAGUAAUAGAUGAAAAGCGCCCAGACAUACAAUAUUUCUGGUCCUAUUUAGAAAAUAAUGCCGUUAACGUAGUCGAAGGAGAUGUGAGAAAAAAACACGUAAACAAAUGUGUUAGCUAUAAUAUGGAACAGAGUAGCAAGAUUUCAAAAGAAAUCGCAGGGUCGAAACAGUCCGUCAUCCAACAAGGAGAUGUUUGGACUAACAACAUAUUAUUCAAAUUUCAUGGAGAUUCAGUCGAAUCAGUGAUGAUAGACUACCAAAUGACCAAAGAAAACAACCCAACGAACGAUCUCAUGCUCACGAUCUUCGGUUGCAGCGACCAGGAGACGCAGGUGAAACAUUUCAACGACUGGCUCGACUACUACCACACGGAGUUAGACCAAAAGCUCCACGACUUAGGUCUGAAAGCCAACUUCGUGUAUCCUAGAGACCAGCUAGACGCUGACAUGAAGAGAUACGCCAAGAGUAGUCUCGGCGCAUUAGUUGUGGCAGUAACUUUUAGUUUAAUGCAACCUUCUAAUGCUGAGAAAGUUAAGGAUUCUACAGAGGAACAGUUCAAGCCUGUUAAGGAAGAAGAAAAAGAAGCUGCUGUGAAAGAUUUUUUUAGAUUCGAUGGUCAACAUAAGGAAAUGUACAAAAAGAGAUUAGAAGGAAUUGUUGACAAUUUCAUCAAGUUUGGACUGUUAUAAAAAAUAUAAAACAUUAAUUAAAGAUAUUUAUUUUUUAUAAAUAAUUAAACGAUGUAUUGAAUAAUUGAGCGACGAAUAA